AUGUCGAUUGAUGUCUACCCCAAUUCAAACUAUUUCAUCACCACCUCAGUAGUAUCCGAUGAGGACACUGGCAUCAGAUUUUGGGAGAUCAUACCAGAAAGCCACUACUAAGAUCAUGCUAAAUUUUCACCCGGUGGAAUAUCCACUACUACGACAGGAAGCAAGUAUAGAAUCGAAUAUAGAUAUGACCUUCAAGGCGGGCACACUUCAACUAUAAAUGUAGUCAGAUUUAGUCCAAAUGGGUAAUACCUUGCUUCCGGCUCUGAUGACUAAAUGGUCAUUAUAUGGAGCCUCAAAAGUGUUCCAGUAUAGUUUGGAAGCAAAGAGGAAGUGAUUUAAUGGGGCCAUCCUAGACAACUUAGAGGGCACGUAGGCGAUGUCAUGGAUUUAUGCUGGUCAAGAUAGAAUGGACCGAAUGAUUAGAGCUGCUAUUUGGUGUCCUGCUCAGUUGAUGGCACUGCAAUUCUAUGGAAUAUCGGAGGAAAUAAAUUCAGCAAAAUUUAGACAUUUGAUGGACAUAAGAAAUUGGUCUAAGGAGUUUCAUUGGACCCAAUGAUGAAGUAUAUUAUUACAAUGAGUAGCGAUAGCACAAUAAGAGGCUAUAAAAAUAGGAAACUAAAGACUCAGCUUCAGUUUUUCCAUAAAUUUACUCUUAAGAACAGAGAAGAAGAGACAGAGGGAACAGAUGAGAAUGUGCCAAUGAACAUUGACUCAGGUAAUAACUAAAACGAAUCAGAAAAUAAUGUAAAUGCACCUGCAGUUAGCGGAAAUUAAGAAGCGAAGAAUAAAAAGUGCUCACACAGAAUGUUCCUGGAUGAUGUCGAAUACCUGAGCUUUGUAAGAAGACUCACUUGGAGUCCAGACGGCACUUUCUUCCUUACACCAGCCUCAGUUUUCUAAGAUUUACAAUCUGAAAGUAAAAAUUUGUACACGGUUUAUGGAUUUCUUAAAUCUGACAUUACUCAGCCAGCUUUCAUGCUUCCAGGAAUCAAGUCAUAUGCUACUUGCAUUAAAUUCAAUCCAUAUCUCUAUAAGAAGUCAACUGAGCCUAUGAACCCAGAGAGACCAGCCCUUUUAGAUCUGCCUUAUAAAGUGAUCUUUGCAGUAGGUUCUGGAGAACAAGUCAUUGUGUAUUCAAGUGAAAGUGUCUAUCCAAUGGCAGUGCUUGGAAACUUGCAUUAUGCAUCUAUUAAUGAUCUAAGUUGGAUCGUCACUAGCGAUACUAAUGUUAAGCUCUUAGUAGCCUCUAGUGAUGGUUUCUGCUCCUUUAUCUCCUUUGAAAUCCAAGAUAAUGGUUUAACUCUACUAGGACAAAGAUUAAUUUCUAGUGAAGUACCUGAGAAGCUAAAAGGUAUUUAUGAGGCAUAGGAGAGAGUAGACUUUAAGAGAUUGGAGCUAGAAGCAAUUGAAAACAAUAGUAAAAAGAAUCAAUUUAAGAAUGUCACCUUCAAAUCUAAAAUUAAUCCUACAAGUGCAGGCACAACAAAUAACAAUAAUAGCACUUUUAAAGGACCUGGAGAUGUCGAAAUGAUAAGAACUUGA